AUGGCCGAGUCCCUGCACAACGCGCCCAUAGUGCUGGACAACGGGUCCGGCACGAUACGAGCUGGCUUCGCUGGCGACGACCUGCCGAAAUGCUACUUCCCUUCCUUCGUGGGACGGCCCAAGCACCUUAGGGUACUGGCCGGCGCGCUGGAGGGCGAGGUCUUCAUCGGGCAGAAAGCUGCGACGGAGCUCAGGGGAUUGCUGAAGAUCCGGUACCCUUUGGAGCAUGGCAUUGUCACGGACUGGGACGACAUGGAGAAGAUCUGGGGAUACGUAUACGACGAGGGGCUGAAGACGCUGAGUGAAGAGCACCCCGUCCUCCUGACAGAACCGCCGCUCAACCCACGGAGCAACCGCGACACGGCGGCGCAGAUCCUCUUCGAGACGUUCAACGUGCCGGCGCUCUACACAUCCAUACAAGCCGUGCUGUCGCUGUACGCAUCGGGACGGACGACGGGCAUCGUGCUCGACGCGGGCGAUGGCGUGUCGCACGCGGUGCCCGUGUACGAGGGCUUCGCCAUCACCAAUAGCAUCCAGCGCAUCGACGUCGCCGGUCGCGACAUCACAGAGUACCUGCAGACGCUGCUGCGGAAGAGCGGCUACGUGUUCCACACCAGCGCCGAGAAGGAGGUCGUCAGGCACAUCAAGGAGGCGGUCACGUACGUGGCGCACGACCCUAGGAAGGAGGAGAAGGACUGGGCGCAGAUAAAGCUGGACCAGAACAAGGUCGUCGAGUACACGCUACCGGAUGGCAACAAGAUGAAGAUCGGCGCUGAGCGUUUCAGGGCGCCCGAGAUCCUGUUUGACCCGGAGAUCAUCGGCCUCGAGUACCCAGGCGUCCACCAGAUCGUGGUCGACUCGAUCAACAGGACGGACCUGGACCUGCGCAAGGCGCUGUACUCCAACAUCGUGCUGUCGGGCGGCAGCACGCUCACCAAGGGCUUCGGCGACCGCCUGCUGACCGAGGUGCAGAGGCUGGCCGUCAAAGACAUGCGCAUAAAGAUCUUUGCGCCGCCCGAGAGGAAGUACUCGACCUGGAUCGGCGGCAGUAUUUUGGCCGGGCUGAGCACGUUUAGGAAGAUGUGGGUCAGCAUUGACGACUGGCAUGAGAACCCCGACAUAAUCCACACCAAGUUCACAUGA